AUGGACGUACUGAACGCGCGCUACUGGAUCAAGGAGAAUAUGACGUGGGCGCAGUACGAGGAUGCCGGCGACUACAGUGUCCUCGAUAUUUUUCGCACGCUCUACUGGGCCUUUCCGAUGCUCGUAUUUCGGUUGUUUUGGGAGGCUUGUGUCGGUAUCCCCCUGAGCCACCUCUUCGGCUACAACAAGGGCCCCUGGCUCGCCAAUUCGACGCAACACAUUUUUGGCGGUUUCGCGAGAAACACGCGCCAAAAGCGUGUGCUGGAGUGUUUUUGGCGCUUCAGCUUCUACACGGCCGCCUGGAUCUACGGCAUCUUCGUUUUAUGGGAUAAGCCGUGGCUGUGGGACGUGAAAGAAUGCUGGAUCGGGUACCCGUUUCACGAGAUCCCGCGAUCGGUUUGGUGGUACUACACGUUGGAGGCAACAUUCUACUACUCCCUGCUGCUCGGCGCAUUUUUCGACGUGCGCCGUUCCGACUUUUGGCAGUUGAUCUUCCACCACGUCGUGACGCUCGGCCUCCUCUCCGCCUCGUGGGCCAUCAAUUUUGUUCGGGUCGGGACCCUGGUGCUCGUGUCGCAUGACAUUGCCGAUGUGUUCCUCGAGGGCGGCAAGCUUGUACGCUACGCCGGAAAGCACAAGAUGUUGACCAACGUGUGCUUCGUGUUGUUCAUGUCCAGUUGGAUUCUCACCCGCCUCACCUACUAUCCACUCAUCGUCAUCCGGUCGGCCUUUUUUGACGCGGCCGACUUGAUACAGCCUGACUAUCAAAUCUUCAACCCGUUGCAGGUUCCCUACGUGCCGCGGCUGAUCAUCAUCAUGUUGGUCGCCCUCUUCCUGCUGCACAUCUUCUGGACGUACAUCAUCGGAAAAAUCGUCGUGCGGACGAUACAGGAGGGUGAGGCGGCCGAUGUGCGCUCCGACAGCGAGGACGAGGCCGAGGAGCAGGAAGUCCGCCGGAAACGACUCACAAAAACGAAACAACAAACGAAGAAGGAAGAC